AUUUUAGGCAUAAGGAGAUCAGCUUAGAAAUUAUAACCUCAUGCAGCAUGAUGAUGGAUUGAAGAGGAUAAAGAAGAAAAUGGGGAAGGAGCAAAGCAUUGAUUACAAAUGUCUUACUAAUGAAAAAAUGUGGCAGGAAAAAAUAUAUUAAGAGAAAUCUAAGACAAAUGACCAUGGAAACAAUUGAAUCUCAGCAGGAUGGAAGUGUAACAGAUUCUGUGGCAGAGAGAGAAUCUGCAUAUAUGCAGGCCCAGCCUGGUCAAAAUUCAGUCCCUACUUUAGCUCAGGUAGCAACAAUCACAGAGACAGAUGAGUCUACAGAAUCAGAAGGUGUAAUUGAUUCUCAUAAACGCAGAGAAAUCCUUUCACAAAGACCCUCUUAUCGAAAAAUACUGAAUGAACUUUCCUCUGAUGUGCCUGGUGUUCCCAAGAUUGAAGAAGAAAAAUCAGAGGGAGAAGGAACGCCACCUAAAAUCGCUACCAUGGCAGUACCGACUAGCAUAUAUCAGACUAGCACGGGGCAAUACAUUGCUAUAGCCCAAGGUGGAACAAUCCAGAUUUCUAACCCAGGAUCUGAUGGUGUUCAGGGACUACAGGCAUUAACAAUGACAAAUUCAGGAGCUCCUCCACCAGGUGCUGCAAUUGUACAGUAUGCAGCACAGUCAGCUGAUGGCACACAGCAGUUCUUUGUCCCAGGCAGCCAGGUUGUUGUUCAAGAUGAGGAAACUGAACUUGCCCCAAGUCACAUGGCUGCUGCCACUGGUGACAUGCCAACUUACCAGAUCCGAGCUCCUACUACUGCUUUGCCACAAGGAGUAGUGAUGGCCGCCUCACCAGGAAGUUUGCACAGCCACCAGCAACUUGCAGAAGAAGCUACACGCAAACGAGAGCUGCGGCUAAUGAAAAACAGGGAAGCUGCCCGGGAGUGUCGCAGGAAGAAGAAAGAAUAUGUCAAAUGUCUUGAAAAUCGUGUGGCUGUGCUUGAAAACCAAAACAAGACUCUCAUUGAGGAACUCAAGGCCCUUAAAGAUCUUUAUUGCCAUAAAGCAGAGUAACUGUCUUUGACUUGGACCUUGUUUACUAUGAACUCUAAUCAAGGCAGGAGAUGCAGCAAUUCUACUAAUUGCCAUGUGGACAUAUGGAAGGGACAUUUGUGACCCUUAAGAAUCCGGUUUGGCUUAGUGUUUGAAAUUGAAUUUGGAAUGUUGUUCCAAGGUUUGGAGUGCAACCAUGUCAUACAUACCAAGUUUACUUCAGUCUGUUUGUCAAUAGCAUGCAAAAAUUGUUUU